CGCUUACUCACGAGCCGUUGACGGAACGAACAAAUAAACAAACAAACUCAUAACGAAUCAUGCCGUACGAUCUCAAGGGGAAGAAUGUCCUUGUUACAGGCGGCUCGGCCGGUCUCGGCGCCCUGCUUAGCCUCACCUUCGCCAAAGAAGGCGCGAACAUAGCGGUCAAUUACUUCAAUCGGAUUGAGCCGGCGCAGAAAGUACGGGGGGAAUGUGAGGAGAAGGGGGUCAAGGCCGUGGUUGUUAAGGCGGACAUGACGUCCACGGCUGAAGCGAAGAGAGCGGUUCAAGACACGAUUAAGCUGCUGGGCGGAAUUGAUAUUGUGAUUGCUAAUGCGGGCUGGACCAAGUUCAGUGAGUGGAAAGAUCUCGACUCCAUGAGCGAAGAAGAAUGGGAUCGAUGCUGGGCGGCCAAUGUCAAAGUGCCCAAGGCGCUUCUCACCGAGGCGCAGAAGACGUUCAAUGCGAAUGAGCAAGGCGGGCAGAUGAUUACUACGGGGAGUAUAGCUGCCCUCAGUCAAGGCGGGUCCAGCAUGCCGUACUCCAUCACCAAAGCUGCCCAACUGCACCUUGUGAAAUGCCUCGCUGUGAGCGUUGGGCCGAAGAUUCGCGUCAACACUGUUCUUCCUGGAUUGCUGUUGACGGAAUGGGGCUUGAAGUACCCCGAGGAGCGCAUCGAAGAGGUCAAGAAGGCCGCGGUGCUGCAGCAUGAGACGUUUCUGGACGACUGUGCAGCUGCGUUUGUGAUGCUGGCCAAGAAUACGAGUAUGACGGGUAUGCGGAUCCAGGUCGAUGCGGGUUUGAAUGUGCAGGGUGCGUAGAAGGCCAUGUGAGCCUAUGGGCUACAGGACAAUGGUCGGUCCUUGCAAGAGGGAUCCUUGAUGCUCUCGGUGAAACCUAUACGUCGAGGGUAUAUCAUCUUUGCUCCUUUGGCCCCCAGUACUGUAUUGAUGUGGUUGUCUCAUGGCGUCUUCAGACUUCCUCACAUCCCUCGGUAUCAUCCAGCGCCCUGACAACCUCUUCCAUCUCUUUUGGACUCGUGAUUCCCCACACGCCACCCCCUUUGACCGCGCCCUUCAUCCCGACUUCUUUUCCCACGAGAUUUCUCCCCACCUUCCCUGGCCCAAUGCCUACAUACCGCCUCACCUUCUCUUCCUCAUGCAAAUACUUGACGCUUUUCCACCAUUGUACCGUCUCCACGCAGCUGCGGGCCAGGAGAUCCUUCAGCUGUGCCUUGCUCUGAAAUGGCUUUCCCGAGACGUUGGA